AUGCAACUAACUGGUAAGAGCGAACCAAACACGAUUAAACAAUUACUUGCUGAGGCCGAAGGAGAGGUGUUAAAGGGAAAAAUGAAAAAGAGCGUUGUUGAUGAGGUAUCGUCGAGGGAUAAUUACAAAGUAGAUAGAAGAUGGACCGAUGGACCGAUGGUAAUAGAAUCAUCAGGGUGUGGAUGGAGGUGUGGGAACCGAGGGCGCCAGUCGUGCGUGGAGGGUUCUAUCUCCAUCUAUCCUUCACGACUCCAAUAUAGCACGUCCUCACCACCGCUCCUACAGAUUUAUAGUUCUAUGUUUGUAUAUCCGACUCCCUAG